CUGCGAGCCUUUCUGCCGCCGCUGAACUUCAUCACCGUCCACUACACCUAUUUCAUCGUGGUCACCUUGGUUACUUCCCUCAUCUUCUGGGGAUCCUCUAACCCAUCCUUCAGCAUCAGCUAUGCCGACAGCCUGUUCCUUGUGGUCUCAGCCAUGACCGAGGCCGGCCUGAAUACUGUCAACCUUAGCCAGAUGACCACCUGGCAGCAGGUCCUCCUGUGGCUCCUCAUCCUCCUCGGCAGCACCGUUUGGGUUUCGAUCUGGACCGUGGCCUUCCGCCUUCACGCCUUUGAGAAGCACUUUGAGGACAUCGUCAGGGCCGAGAGGGAGAAGAGGGACAAGGAGAGAAACAAGCGGCCGAACAGCUCGAAGAGCCUCAGGUCCCUCUCCUUCUUCAGGUCCAUGACCUUUGGAAAGGCUACGACAACGCCAUCGGCCUCUCUGCCGGAUCUGGAUGAGAUGAAUCAACGGCUCGAAGGACACGGCUCGCAAGAUGUAUCGCCUGGUACCGGAGCCCACAUCACGUUUGCAAAUGAUCCACUGGGGAUGAGCCACGGAGAUGUCAGGACCACAUCAAGUACUUAUGCCAAUGAUGGCCAGGCAAGGAGGCGCACCGGCACCGUCGACGCCAACGGGCUUUCCAAGAAGCAGCCGGAGAACAGCCCAAACCUGUCUGUCCAGCUGCACAGGUUCCUGACGAACAAGACCGCAGGCAGAAAUUCACAAUUCCAUGACCUCAGCAGCGAGGAGCGCGAGCACCUGGGUGGCCACGAGUACCGGGCCCUGAGAAUGCUUUCUGUCGUCGUACCCCUGUACUUUGUGUUGUGGCAGUUCUUGGGCUGCAUAGCGCUCGGGGCCUGGAUUGCGAACUACAAGCCAGAGGUGGCCACCUCCAAUGGCCUGAACCCCUGGUGGACUGGCAUCUUCUUUGGGGUGUCUGCAUUCAACAACUCGGGCAUGGCCGUCAUCGAUGCCAACGUCGUGCCUUUCCAGAACAGCUACUUCGUCCUGAUUGUCAUGGGUGCCAUGAUUCUCGCAGGCAACACGGCCUAUCCGAUUAUGCUGCGGUUCGUGUUCUGGUCUAUGCUUAAGCUCUUGUGCUGCACCACGGAUGAGGAGACCCUCUACGACUUCAAGCUCACCUUGAAGUUCAUCCUCACGUAUCCCCGCCGCGUCUACACGAAUAUGUUUCCCGCCCGUCAGACUUGGUGGCUCCUCUUCAUGGUGUGCCUGCUCAAUGCCACCGACUGGGUCGCGUUUGAGGUCCUCAACCUCGGGAACCCAACGAUCGAGGCCAUUCCGGUAGGGUCGAGGGUUAUUGAUGGGCUUUUUCAGGGUAUAGCUGUUCGAUCGGGCGGAUUCUAUGUGGUCGGCAUCAGUAGCUUGUAUAUUGGACUGCAGAUCUUGUACGUGAUCAUGAUGUACAUUUCAGUAUACCCAGUGGUCAUCACCAUACGUCACUCCAAUGUCUACGAGGAGCGUAGUCUGGGUAUCUAUGCAGACGACCCAGAACCUGAAGGCGAUAUAGAGCAGGCCAAUGGAAUGAAUCCAUCUCGUCUCUCACGCGCGAUCCGGCGUCACUUUGCACUACAUGGCGUGGGCGCUGCACCGCGACAAGAGAACGCAGACAGCCGGAUUGACUUCAUCAGUCAGCAGAUUCAUGGCCAGCUUGCUCAUGAUAUAUGGUGGCUCGUCCUCGCCAUUUUCACUAUCAGCACCAUCGAGACACGCCACUUUCUCGACGAUCCCGUCACCUACAGUGUUUUCAAUGUUAUCUUUGAGGUCGUCUCUGCUUAUGGCACUGUCGGCAUCAGCACUGGUAUACCAAACGUAGCCUACAGCUUCUCAGGCGGUUGGUAUACCGGGAGCAAGUUGGUCUUGUGCCUGGUUAUGCUUCGUGGUCGGCAUCGAGGGCUGCCCGUGGCACUGGACAGGGCAGUGAGGCUGCCGCGGGAACAGCUUCAUCGCGAAGAGGAGGAGGACUAUCGUAUACGAAGAAGUAUG